AUGUCGACGACCGUGGAAAAGAUCAAGGAAAUCGAGUCCGAGAUGGCUCGGACGCAGAAGAACAAGGCUACGUCCUUCCAUCUCGGCCAGCUCAAAGCCAAACUUGCCAAACUCAAGCGCGAGCUCCUCACGCCGAGCGGCGGCGGCGGCGGCGGCGGCGGCGCAGGAUUCGACGUUGCGAGGACGGGCGUCGCUAGUAUCGGCUUCAUUGGGUUCCCGUCCGUGGGCAAGAGCACGCUCAUGAGCCGGUUGACGGGGCAGCAUUCCGAGGCGGCCGCGUACGAGUUCACGACGUUGACGUCGGUGCCUGGACAGGUUAUCUAUAACGGCGCGCCGUUGCAAAUCAUUGAUUUGCCUGGCAUUAUUGAAGGUGCCAAGGACGGCCGCGGUCGAGGCCGACAGGUCAUUGCCGUCGCCAAAACCUGCCACCUCAUCUUCAUCGUUCUCGACGUCAAUAAGCCCCUUAGUGAUAAGCGCGUCAUUGAGGCUGAGCUGGAAGGGUUCGGGAUCCGAAUCAACAAGGAGCCGCCAAACAUUACGUUCAGGAAGAAGGACAAGGGCGGUCUGAACAUUACAAGCACGGUGCCCCUGACACACAUAGAUCACGACGAAAUCAAGGCUGUGAUGGGCGAAUACAGAAUUAACUCUGCGGAUAUCACGAUUCGCUGCGAUGCCACCGUGGAUGACGUGAUUGAUGUCCUUGAGGCCAAGAGUCGAGCAUACAUUCCCGUCGUCUACUGUCUGAACAAGAUCGAUGCCAUCUCCAUUGAAGAGCUCGAUCUCCUCUACCGCAUUCCCAACGCCGUCCCAAUAAGCUCUGAGCAUGGUUGGAACAUCGACGAGUUGAUGGAAUCCAUGUGGGAAAAACUCAAUCUGAAGCGCGUCUACACGAAACCCAAGGGCAGACAGCCUGAUUAUUCUGCGCCCGUGGUGCUGCGGUCGAACCGUUCUACCGUCGAGGAUUUUUGCAACGCCAUCCAUAGAACCAUUGUAGAACAGUUCAAAACGGCUAUUGUUUACGGUAAAUCAGUGAAACACCAGCCGCAACGAGUAGGACUGGCACAUGAAUUGGAAGACGAGGAUGUUGUUACCAUUAUCAAACGAUGA